UACAAGAAGUGUCAAAACUGCGAUAGUUCGUGUAAAGAAAAGAUCACUUCUUCAGUCUGAAGAUGAGGCUCCUCCACAGCCCCUUACCUCCACCACUGUUAACCUCCUCUGCACCGCGCAAAACCUCAAUUCUUCCCAAAAAAGCUUCUGUCAACUAUGCACAGAAACCCCUUCAACAAGCUCUAUCAACUGGGAUCUCAUUAGUUCUAUCUUUGGGGCUUCUUGUUUCUGCUCCUAAUUCCAUCUUUGCCUUGGAAUCUCCUUCAGUACUUGAAUCUUCUAACUCAGUAAAUUGCCCCGAGAACGAGGUGGAGGAGGUGUACACUACUGAAGUAUCAAAAGCGGUGAGCAAUGAAAGGAUUGUGGAAGAGGCUUGGCAGAUUGUGAACGACAGCUUUCUUAACACCAGCCCUCGUUCUUGGUCUCCUGAAUCUUGGCUUAAAAAGAAAGAUGACAUCUUAAGUUCAUCAAUUCAGACAAGGUCGAAAGCUCAUGAUAUUAUCAAGCGGAUGUUGGCUAGCUUGGGUGACCCCUAUACACGUUUUCUUUCUCCUGAAGAGUUCUCCAAGAUGGCUAGAUAUGAUAUGACUGGGAUUGGAGUUAACCUCAGGGAUGUUCCCGAUGGCAAUGGAGGUUCAAAACUGAAGGUUUUAGGGCUCCUAUUGGAUGGCCCUGCCCAUAGCGCUGGUGUACGACAGGGAGAUGAACUAGUGUCAGUGAAUGGGGUGAAUAUGCGGGAUAAAUCUGCCUUUGAAGCAUCUUCGCUGUUACUUGGUCCAAGUGGGACAUUUGUGAACAUCAUGGUCAAGCAUGGGAAUUGUGGACCUGUUCAAUCCAUUGAUGUGGAGAGGCAGUCCAUUGCUAAGACGCCGGUUUUUUAUCGUCUGGAGCAGAUUGAAAGUGGUUCUGUUUCUGUUGGUUAUGUGCGCCUAAAGGAGUUCAAUGCAUUGGCCAGAAAAGAUUUGGUUACUGCAAUUAAGCGACUUGAAGGCAUGGGUGCCUCAUCUUUUGUUCUUGAUCUCAGAGAUAACCUAGGUGGACUAGUGCAGGCUGGCAUUGAAAUUGCGAAACUUUUUCUGAAUGAAGGAGACACGGUGAUUUCCACUGUUGGAAGGGAUCCACAGUAUAGAAGGAAUAUUGUUGCAGAAGCUCCACCUCUUAUUACAGCUCCAGUAAUUGUAUUGGUUAACAAAAAAACUGCAAGUGCCAGUGAAAUUGUUGCAACUGCACUUCAAGAUAACUGUAGAGCUGUUCUCGUGGGAGACAAGACAUAUGGGAAGGGGCUGAUUCAGUCUGUGUUCGAGCUGCCUGAUGGCUCGGGUGUGGUUGUAACAAUCGGGAAGUAUGUCACACCAAAUAACUUGGAUAUUAAUGGAAAUGGAGUUGACCCAGAUUUCAGGAAUUUUCCUGCUUGGAGUGAAGUCACCAAUCGGCUGUCAAAGUGUCAUAAGCCACAAGGAGGAUAAGCUUGCUCGUUUUCCUUUCUGUGCCAUUCUGAUUCCUCACCAUGAUGGAUGAACUUGGGCUAGUCCUAUGAUUGUGCAACACUUGGUUGAUAUGCGUUUAACAGAUGUUCACCUUCACAGCCGUUUAGCUUCCCCCUUUGCCUGGGCACCACCAGGAAAAAACCAAGAUUGGAUACAUAUUGCAAACUCUCCUAUUUUUGGGCAUUAAUAUUGAAGCACACAUCAAAUCAAUAUCAGCAACUUUAAUCAGAUCAAGUACAGAACCGGCCACUGGAUGAUGAAAUUAGCAGCAAGAACCAGCUGAGGUGUGUUAUUGUAUUUAAUCUUACUGAUGGCAGGAGCCAGUGAAUGCUAGUAGCACAAGGUGUGUACAUAGAUAACUAGCAUUUUGCCUGAUGUACAACAAUGCAAUAUUGUAUAUAUAUAUUUUUGAGUAAAUCAAAAUCUUGUGAAGGAAUGUGUGCCUCAUAUUGAAC